UGAAAAGAAAUAUUUUUAUUGACAGAAGCAAUAAACACAUGGCUGAUGCAUUUCCUCUGAAAUGGAGAAAAGGAUAAUCUAUAUCUUCAAGUUUAUGGGAUAUUAAAACCAAUGUUCAAAUAACCUUCUUUUUUUUAAUGGCUACUACUAUCUCGAACCAAACACCCAAAUCCAAUCCUGCAACAGCAAAUGAGCCGGCCAAGGUGGCGGCGCCUGAGGAAACGAAAGAUGAUGAAAUAGCAGUGACGUGGAGAGAAGAAGAACCCGCACAUUACAUAUUACAAAUCCAAUCGCUUCCGUUUCUUUUGGAAAACCUUUCAGAACCUCAUGUCGCAUUUGAAGCAUUUGAAGCUUGUGGCUACAAAUGGAGUUUGAUAUUGUACCGGGUAUCCGAAAAUGGAGAUGUCUACCGGGAAUCCGAAAAUGGAGAUGUCUACCUCUCUCCUUACUUACGAAUUAUGGACAUUCAACAUCUUGGCCAUAAUGGGAAGAUUGAUGCUCUUAUAAAUUUUUUUGUAUAUCAUCAAGAAAUGAAUCGAUACAUCACCAUUCAAGAUGGGAAAGUGAAACGAUUCAGUGCAAAUAAGCAAGAAAGUGGAUUUUCUCGACUAAUGCUUCCCCCUAAAUUCAUCGAUCGGCUGAAUCUCAAAGAAAACACCUGCAAAUUUGGAGUUGAGGUUUUUGUUGUAAACCCAGAAAAGGAAAAAGGGGAAUGUUGUUGUUCCAUCCUAGACCUCCACCUUGAAGAAAACCCUGUUACUUGGCUCAUCGGCAACUUCUCCAACUUAUCUGGACUCAAAUGCUUCGAGUUUAUGAUGGCGAAUUCUAAAUGGGAAUUACAACUUUAUCUCAGAGGUGUUCCGGAGGUGAAGAGCAAAUAUUUAUCCAUUUACCUUAACCUAAAACACUCGAAAGAGGUUGAAAGUGGAAACAAAUUGCAUGUGCAAUUGAAGCUGCGAAUUAAGUCAAACAGUCCAAGCAAUCCCAGAGGAGGUGAAUCUAAAUACGAUCCAACAAAACCCAGAACAGGUAAUGCAUGGUUUAGCAGUUCUCAGAGGUGUUGGGGGUUCCCGUACUUUAUGAAGUUGGCAGAUCUAAAACAGACGCCUGGCCUUAUUGAUAAUGACCAUUUGACUGUUGAAGCCGAAUUUAGUUCCAUUUUCGUUAUCCAAGACCUUGCCCCUGAACCACACGCCGCCAAUUCAGACUAACUUGUUCCAUCUAAACAUCAUCAUAAAAUUACUCACUGUAUUUAUUUCUUAAUUUGCAGAUUGUGGUCUUGAAUAGAACUAAAAAAUAAUAUUUAAAUUACAUAAACACAUUUCGUUUGCA